GAACUGGGCGGGCUCAGUGCUCAGAGCGGAGGCAGCGGCUGCGGCAGCAGCAGGUUCCAGUAGCUGGCUCGGUGCUCUUCUCGGCCACCUGCCAUGGCCCGGGGGCUGCCCACCAUUGCUAGCCUGGCACGCUUAUGCCAGAAGCUGAACCGCCUGAAGCCGCUGGAGGACUCCACCAUGGAGACGUCACUGCGGCGCUGCCUGUCCACGCUGGACCUGACUCUUCUGGGCGUGGGUGGCAUGGUGGGCUCGGGUCUCUACGUGCUCACAGGUGCCGUGGCCAAGGAGGUGGCUGGCCCUGCUGUGCUCUUGUCCUUCGGUGUGGCCGCUGUGGCCUCCCUGCUGGCAGCCCUAUGCUAUGCAGAAUUUGGGGCACGUGUGCCACGCACGGGCUCUGCCUACCUGUUCACCUACGUAUCCAUGGGCGAGCUGUGGGCCUUCCUCAUCGGCUGGAAUGUUCUCCUCGAAUACAUCAUCGGUGGCGCCGCCGUGGCCCGUGCCUGGAGUGGCUACCUGGACUCUAUGUUCAGCCACGGCAUCCGCAACUUCACUGAGACCCACGUGGGUUCCUGGCAGGUGCCCCUCCUGGGCCACUACCCGGACUUCCUGGCUGCUGGCAUCAUCCUCCUGGCCUCUGCCUUUGUCUCCUGUGGAGCCCGCGUGUCCUCCUGGCUCAAUCACACCUUCUCGGCCAUCAGCCUGCUUGUCAUUCUCUUCAUUGUCAUCCUGGGCUUCAUCCUGGCCCAGCCUCACAACUGGAGCGCUGACGAAGGCGGCUUUGCACCCUUCGGCUUCUCCGGCGUCAUGGCCGGCACUGCCUCCUGCUUCUAUGCUUUCGUGGGCUUCGACGUCAUUGCCGCCUCCAGUGAAGAGGCCCAGAACCCACGGCGGUCUGUGCCUCUGGCCAUCGCCAUCUCGCUUGCCAUUGCAGCUGGUGCCUACAUCCUUGUCUCCACCGUGCUAACCCUCAUGGUGCCCUGGCACAGCCUGGACCCCGACUCAGCGCUUGCAGAUGCCUUCUACCAGCGGGGCUACAGGUGGGCUGGCUUCAUCGUGGCAGCUGGCUCCAUCUGUGCCAUGAACACCGUCCUGCUCAGCCUCCUCUUCUCCCUGCCACGCAUUGUCUAUGCCAUGGCCGCCGAUGGGCUCUUCUUCCAGGUGUUUGCCCAUGUGCACCCCCGGACACAGGUGCCUGUGGCGGGCACCCUGGCGUUCGGGCUCCUCACGGCCUUCCUGGCGCUGCUGCUGGACCUGGAGUCGCUGGUUCAGUUCCUGUCCCUUGGCACACUCCUGGCCUACACAUUCGUGGCCACCAGUAUCAUUGUGCUGCGCUUCCAGAAGUCUUCCCCGCCCAGCUCCCCAGGCCCAGCCAGCCCUGGCCCCCUGACCAAGCAGCAUAGCUCCUUCUCAGACCACCUACAGCUGGUGGGCACCAUGCACGCCUCUGUCCCUGAGCCAGGGGAGCUGAAGCCAGCCCUGAGGCCCUACCUGGGCUUCUUGGAUGGGUACAGCCCUGGAGCAGUGGUGACUUGGGCGCUUGGCGUUAUGUUGGCCUCAGCCAUCACCAUAGGCUGCGUGCUCGUCUUUGGGAACUCGACCCUGCACCUCCCACACUGGGGUUACAUCCUGCUGCUCCUGCUCACCAGUGUCAUGUUUCUGCUCAGCCUCCUUGUCCUGGGGGCUCACCAGCAACAGUAUCGGGAAGACUUAUUUCAGAUCCCCAUGGUUCCCCUGAUUCCAGCCCUGAGCAUCGUCCUCAACAUCUGCCUCAUGCUGAAACUUAGCUAUCUGACCUGGGUGCGCUUCUCCAUCUGGCUGCUGAUGGGACUUGCAGUGUAUUUCGGCUAUGGCAUCCGGCAUAGCAAGGAGAACCAGCGGGAGCUGCCAGGUCUGAACUCCACACACUACGUGGUAUUCCCCAGGGGCAGCCUGGAGGAGACAGUGCAGGCUGUGCAGCCCCCCAGCCAGGCACCAGCACAGGACCCUGGCCAUAUGGAGUAGCUGGUCAGCCCACACUUGCUCCGCCCUCCCACACCUGCUUGGGAGGCCAGAGAGGCCAGACAAGCCGAGAGCCCCUUCUGUUGUGGGCAGCCUGGGUUUGCAGGCCUGCACAGGCUGGGGAGUCCUCAGGACCUUAGGACCUUCAUCCAGGGGCUGAGCUUCAGGUCUUCAGGAGUGGGCCUUGGCUGGUGCUGGUGCCGUGGACUCUGCCCAGAGCCUUCUUGUUUAUGAUCAGCUCCAGCUACCUGGGCAGUUGUGGUGGGGUGGAUGGGAAGGCCCACAGCCCAAGGGAUCCAUAAUAAUAAUUGCUUGGCCAGCCAUGUGGCGUGCUGGCAUAUCCA